AUGGCCAUGGAGAUGCCCCUGGCUGCACAGCAGGUGGAUGUGACUUUGGAGAGCGACGCUUUGCCUUCGCCUGGCGAGCACAGCGCGGCCGCUGUCGAAGUUGCAGCCAAGCAGGAGAAGAGUCGCAUCGAAGAGCUUCUGGAGCAGCAGACGCAUCUCAUGAUGAGGCAUCUGCAGCUGACGGAGGACCACAGCAACUCCAACAGCAUGCAGUUCAUGUUCCACACGGCGAAGGACAUGCUGAGGAAGGUGGAUCCAAGCGUUCGCGGCAUCUUCACAGACUGGCACAAGGAGCUUCGCGUGAAGACCAAUAUCUACGUCUCCCAGAAGCGGCUCUGGAACCGCUACCAGCAGGCGGUGGCCAGCGAUACUCUGAUCCGGCCCUUCGCCGAGGAGGCGAAGAAGACCUGGCGUUGGCCAGAGUCCUACUCCACAAACGCGCGGCCAGUGGCCGUGGGGGAGGAGGCAAAGCCGGGCGCCUAUGACGUGGCCGCAGCCUUUGCGGAGAUCCGCCAGCGGCACGCGCGGGAGGCGCAGGAGUUCAUCCUCCUUCACCACAAGGCAUGCCUGGAGCAGAUCUCCGCAGAGCUUUGCCUGGCGCACCAGUGCGAGGCGUUGUUGCAGCAGGUCAAGGGAUGGAUCGUGCUCAAUGGGAGUUUCUUCCGCGAUCAGGCGCAGGCGGAGCAGCUUCUGACGCAACAGGCCCGGUGUUUUGCCGAGCUCACGUGCCGGGAGGAGAUGGCUAAGGCAGAGAGGAGAAUCAAGGACGCUGGGCUGCCCUUCGCGCUGCUGGUGGCUUUGAGGGUCCUGUGCAUUCUCAUGGCGGUGGGUUCCCCGACGCUGAUGAGCCUGGAGCGCCUCCUCAGCGUCGUCGCCGUCCUGUUCUCCCUCUUCUGCGGCCUCGGCCUCUUCGCGGAGGAUGCCCUGUCGCAGUCGGUCCAGGCUAUCCUCGGCCCGCUCCCGAAGUACUUGGCUGGAAAGAUGAACAUGGCAGGUAAGAUGAACAUGCAGCUCUCAACUGCAGUGUCGGCUGGGAGCGGCCCUCGCGAAGGCUUAGCAGAGGAGUUGGACUGA